AUGAGCACACCGAUUUCCACUACGCCGCCUCUGAUCCAAAUCAACGACGAUUCCCCGAAGGGCGAUAAAACUGCAUUCGUACCUGCUCUGCUCGUCAUAGACAUGCAAAAUGACUUUGUCUAUGGAUCACUUGCUGUACCUGGAGGGGAGAGCCUAAUCGAGCGUAUCAACACUUUGAUUGACCUGCCAUUCAAAGCUCGAAUUGCCACCAGAGACUUCCACCCCGACAACCACGUUUCGUUCGCGCAGACCCAUCAAAAACCGACCUUCUCGAAGGCGACGGUCUUCCACCCUGGGGACGAGGAAGAAAAGGAAGGCGCGCAACUAACGAUGUGGCCCAUACACUGCGUGGCGUACUCUGGUGGUGCUGAUUUUGUUCCCGGGCUGAAGACAACCACAUUCGACGCUGUUGUGCACAAGGGAACACACCCUAGGAUCGAGUCUUACUCUGCCUUCCGCGAUGUCUGGGGAAAGACUGAAACGGAGCUGCCGGGCAUCCUGGAGGAGCUGGGUGUCACCGACGUAUAUCUUGCAGGCCUUGCGGGGGAUUACUGCGUCAAGUAUACGGCCUUGGAUGCAGUGGAUUACGGGUACAAUACAUGGUUGGUCAGGGACGGUAUUAAAAGCAUCUCAAAGGAGGAGUCGGACAAAUCUUUUGCGCAGAUGGAGAAAAAGGGCGUUAAGUUCACCACGAUUAAGGAGCUACAAAAGCUACUGGCACCAUCUGUCCCCGUACUCAACUGA